CUGGUCUGGGGUUGACAGUGUGGUUGACCCACCGUGACAGAGCUGCAGAAAUGCCGGUGGGGAUUGUAGCACAAGCCCAGGCAGCCCCUGCCUGGGGGACUCUGGGAAUCCUUCAGCUCUCUUGAGCCUCAUGUUCGUUGUCUAACAAUGAAAACACUCCAGGAUGUCACCUUAGAGUUGUCUGUGCCAAAAGACACGCUAGACAAGUGCGUCUGGUUGUCCUUCCUUUUAAGUCUGGGCCUUUUCUUGGUUGAUCCUGUGCCCUUUUCCCCAGACUCCUUCGGGAAGGACCUUUCUAUUUUGCCAAGUGGCAGUUCCUUCAGUUUCUGGAAAGUAAGACUUUCCAGCUGAGCUGGCACUUUAGGGGCCCUUCAGAAGCACAAGCUGAAGACCAGGAGUUUGAGGUGACAGUGUCAGAGUCUUGAGGGUGGCUGGGCCUCGGCCACACCAUGCUGGAUACCGCCUAGACAGCCUGGUGGGUCCCAGCUCUCCUGGUAGUUUGCUCUCCUUUGGCACUCAGACACCUGGGCACGUUCAGGAGGGCCCCCAGGUGCCCUCAUCUGACUGUGCUGUUUCCCCAUGUCCUUCAGACCCUUGCCUCUCAAAAGUCCUGAACAGAUGAGGCAGAGGGUAGCACUGCCAUCAUUCCUGGGGCAGGGAUGAGUAAGCAAGCCUAUGACAGUUCAACCAUGGUUCUGGAUCCUCCUUGCCUGCUCACCCAACUGCUGUCUAAGCCCCUGAAGCAAGACUACAGCUGUUGGUUAGUGCUCAGACAAGAUAUACGCCGUCGAUCUGUCUCCAGCAUAAUCCUCAGCUGCAAGAGCUCACUGCUGCUGCUCUGGAGGUGCAGGGCUAAGGUUUCUAGGCCCUCUUCUAAUGCUAAAUGCUCCCUGGAAACACGUUCUAUAUUUGAAGCACAAAUUCAAAUGCUAGGAGUGGGGAAAUUAGUGCUUUGUAGCUCUGGGCUUGAGUGAUUUUCCAGCCUCUGUCUCCAGAAUGCUAGGAUUUACUUGCCUGCGCCAUCAUGCCCAACUAGGCUUACUGCGUUUGUCCGGGAAUUCAGUGGGACACGUUAAAGAAUGUUUUGAGUUUAAAAUGAACGAAGGCUGCUUGCUGCGGGAGCCCAGCGAUGGAGUCCAGAUAGGAUCCCAGACUCUUCUGGCUCCCUCAUUUUUUAAAACAAAGAAAUGGUUGGGCCGUAUGACUCUAAGAACUGUGAAGGUGGAAAUCUUAGCCUGAUCGGUGCUCUAUAAACACGUUGGAAUAAGCAACUACGUGCUUGUGGCCUAGUUUGUACAGGGUAGUCUGAGCUGGUGACCUCAGUGGUUUGUUUGGCUCUACACAGGUGGAGUUCAUAGGCGAAAGGAGCCAGACACCUGGCGCUCACACCUGCCGGGCGGAGACAACGCGCCAACGCACGCUGUGGGGCUGGUGCUUCGGCUCGCCAAUGAGGCCUGGGCUCUGUGUAGCCAGGAGGCGGAACCUCCAGGGCUAGCCAAUGGGGAGCCCGCUUGCAGCGGGUGGAGCCUGCGAUCCAGCCGCGGGAGCCGUGGAGGAGCAGCUGAGACGCCGCGGGCUCACGGCUCUGCAGACUCCGUCCCUAGGCUAUUCGUCCCGGACGGCCAUCCGAGCCUGGUGCGUGUGGGCCAGGAAGGGCCGUCUGUAGGGAAGAUCGCAGCGGCGACUCUGGGACGAGGCAGGAUCGCGUGCAGCCAUGACCGAGGCGGCCGCUGCUCCGGACUGGCAUGUGGGAACUGACCUCCAACAACAGGUCCAGAUCCAGUCUGCGGAGAUCUCCAUUUUAGCCAUCCUGGCUGCUGUUCAGGCAGUGGAGAAGAAAACAGAAUCCCAAGCUGUCCAUCUUCAAAGCCUGGAAAUACGAACAGGGUCAGCUGAGAAGAGGCUGGCUGACUUUGAGAAGACAGCCAUGGAGCUCAGCAGCCAGCUGGAGGGCAAGUGGGCUGUGCUGGGGACCCUGCUGCAGGAGUAUGGGCUGCUGCAGCGUCGGCUGGAGAACCUAGAAAGUCAGAUGCAAAACCGGAACUCCUGGGUCCUGAGGCUGCCCCCUAGCAGCAAGGAUGAAGCCCCCAAGGUUUCUAUGACUACUGAAGAGGUAGCUGGGUGUUUCCCCGAGCAACAGGAAGGCAGUCCGGAAGAUUGGCAGAAGGAGCUCUGCACGCACGGAGCAAAGGAGAGCCGUGAGAUGCUGGGCUCUCUGGAAACAGGCCAGCUGGACUCUGUCCCAAGUGUUCUUCCCUGGAUCAAGCAAGAAGAAGAGGCAUAUGAGAAGAACCUGCGGGAGACAAGCAGUGCAUAUCUGUGCUCAGAAACCUGGCUAGCUAACAAGAAAAGGACCCUGGAAGGAGAGUCUGUGGUACCAGAGUCAGCCUGGGCAACCGAUGGAAGACCCAGCAAGGAGGACUUCGAGAGGGGAACCUGUAGGGAUCUGCUCCCUGUUUCCAGAGAGAGAGAGGUUGCCUCCCUCCCCCGAGGCUCUCAGAGUCAGCCUGUGCCAGCUCCUGAGGGCACUGAGAAUGGCCAGAACUUCAUUGUCAAAGAGCCCGGCACUCAGCAUGAUCACCCACACCAUGGAGCUCAGUCCUUUGCCAGUCUCCAGUGCCCCCAGAGUGCCACACAGCAGGUCCCUCUCACCAGGAACCGGCGUGCACCCACAGCCCAGCGUGCCUACACCUGCAUCCAGUGUGGCAAGAGCUUCGUCCACCAGUCCACACUCACCACUCACUACCGCACACACACCGGGGAGAAGCCUUACAAAUGUGCCGAGUGUGAGAAGCGGUUUGGUCGCCUGUCCACGCUGCUGGAGCACCAGCGCACCCACACCGGAGAGCGGCCCUUCCCGUGCGCACAGUGUGGCCGUCGUUUUGGGCGCCUGUCCACACUGGUGGAACAUCGGCGCACACACACGGGUGAGAAACCAUUUCCGUGCACCCAGUGUGACAAGCGUUUCACGCGCUUGGCCAACCUGACAGUACACCAGAGUGUGCACUCCGGGGAGCGUGCCUUCCAGUGCGCCCAGUGUGGCUCGUGCUUCACGCACAAGCCCAGUUUCCUGCGGCAUCUGCGCAGCCACUCUCAGGAGAAGCGCUUCACCUGCGGCCAGUGUGGCAAGAGCUUCUCCUGCCGCUCCUGGCUGGUGCGCCACCAGGGCAGUCACGCCCGCCCAGCCUCCUCUACUUACGUGGCUUGUGAGAAGAGCUCACCAAGCCAUGAGUCACCGGCAGGUCUCCUUAAAGGCGCAGCUAGGGGGAAGUUUUCCAGUGACCCUUCUGGCUCACCCAGGUCCAAGGACACUAAGGCAUAUGGCAGAGGUCAGCAGCUCAGUGGCCAGGGUCAGGACGGUCUGGUGGGGUCGCUGCAUACUUGUCUCUCUGUAAAGAUGGAGAAUGCAGGGUAGCACCCCGAGAGUUCCCUAAUGAGGCCGCACAGGGCUUCUGGGUCCCCUUGAAUCCAAGCUGCCUCCUACGGGGCGCUUCUUGGGUCAGAUGUGUGGUGCCUGCCAUCUGCUAGGCCUCCCGGGGAAGGUUGUCUCCCUCGGACUGCAGGUGCUAAGUGCCCUGAGAUCUUGCUGCAGGGAAGGCUCCAGCAUCGGGUGAAGGGAAGAGUGAAACGUGAGUAUCUGCCAGCAGCAGCAGCAGCAGCAGCAGCAGCAGCAGCAGCAGCGUCCCCUGAGAUCCUGGCUGCUCCAUCACCAUCUCAGCAGUUUGGGCAGCAAUGAGCUUUUCACCAUCAAAGGGGUUUGGCCAGUUAGGAAUGCUGCAAUUUUGAAAAGUUGAGUUGCUCCGCUUCUGUCUGAGGAACUCAACUCAAACUAGUUUCCAAGAUUAACCUAGAACAGGGCUGGGGGAUGUGACUCAACAGUGUCCAUCUAGCAUGCAUGGAUGGAGCCAUGGUUAGAUCCCCAGCAUAAAUUAAGCUGGCCAUGAUGGCACAUACCUGUGAUCCUAGCAUUCGUGUUGAUGCAGGAGGAUCAGAAGUUCAAGGUCUGUUUGGCUACAGUGUCCCUGUUUAAAGAAACAAAGUAUCAUUUAGGAGUUCUCAGAUACCCUAUGUCUCACCAGGGCCCCGUAUUUGUAGAAUAACCGCAUGCGUGUUCCCAAGGACUCCCACUGGAGGGGCUGGGACUCAGUGUCAUUGUCCCCACUUUGGAGGAAUGUGGGAAAACAGACCUGGGCUGCUUGCUCUGCCCUCUGGGCUUUGUCUGCGUCUGGAGGUGAUUUUUACCAAGAUCUGAGAUUUCCCAUAUUCACUUAAAACCUGUAAAUAAAGAUAUUUAUGAAGAACUAUAAACUCCCCUUCUUGCCCUGAUGACCCUGCCAAAAUUGGUUAUUG